UCAAAAUAAUUGUCGUAAAAAUUAUUAUCGUAAACCAGAAACAGAAAGUCGGUGAAAAGAAAAUUCCAGGCAAAUUUCGUAACAAACACAAUUUAAACAUUUGUUGUAGUUCAGAUUUCACUAUUAUAACAGAAGUAAAGGCUACAAGUGGAUGAAAUAAAGUAAAGAAGUCCAAUAUGUUGGAUGUUACAGUGAAAACUUUGGAUGGCCAAAAUAGAAGUUUCAGUGUUCCUGAAAACACUACAGUUCGCCAGUUUAAGGAGAAAAUUUCAAACUCAAUUAGCAUACUACCCGACACACAACGAUUGAUAUUUCAAGGUCGUGUUCUACAAGAUGAUAAACUAUUGAAAGAUUAUGAUGUUCAUGGAAAAGUCGUUCACGUUGUUUUGCGGCCGCCACCAGGCAGUGGGAGACCAGCGGGCAAUGACAACCACCAGCCAAGCACGGCACCUCCAGGACGCGACGUAAACAGUGUGGUGGUAGGCUCCUUCAGUCUUCCCUCAGAUAUCAUUGACACAAAUAUGGUACAGAAUAUAGCCCAAGAAGCAAUACGUAGUAUGGGAGACAUGGGAAGAAAUGCACGAGUCUCAACAAGAACAUCACCGGAUGGCUCAGCUGUAGAUGUACACAUACAUUUAGGCCCUGUACAAACUGGAGCAACAGUCAGCGAGGCCCAGAUGAGGUUAAACACAGCUCGACAGAUGAUGAGACUAGCAACAGAGGCCCUUAAUCAACUUGAAAAUCCUGAGGGAACAAACAACACUGCAUCCAACACACAGACAGCAAACACAGAACCAGUCCCUGCAGCAGGAAGUAGUGGAGCGCAGGAAACACAGAGAGACACAGAGAAACAGUCUGUUCCAUCUCCUAUGGAUACAUCUGAUACCAGUGAACCUAGUAGCAGUCAAACAGGUGGAGCCACACCAUCAAGUACAGAACCAGGGUCUACACAAGGCUCUGCAAGGAGCAGCCCAACAGCCAAUCAGGGCACAGAAACAUCCUCAACUGACCAAUCAAAUAGUACACAGCAACAAAAUGGCAGUCAGCAGCCACGUGGCCCAGUAAGGCCUAACGUGAGUGCAUUAGGUGAGGUGUUGGUAGAAGUGAACGAAUUAAACAGAAGAUUACAGCCACAUAUAGAACGAUUUACUAGAAUUGUUCAAGAUGAUGGAGAAAUGAAUGAAAAUGAGCAACGAGAGAACCAGAGGGUUUGUAACAUGGUACCGGAAGCAAUGCAUGCGGUCAGUCACGCUUAUCACGCAAUCAGUGACCUGAUGGUAGACCUGGGACAGAACCGACCACGACAGUUAUACGUGACCCUUGCCAUUGCUCAACCUCACACAGCUGUCAUUCAACAGGCUAUACCUGUACAGGCUCAGAUACAAGUUGGGGGCAGUCCACGAUUAAUUCGCCGCCAAUUUGCUGCUAACAGAGCCUCACAGGUGCCCACAAACACAACUCAGGCACCCUCAGUGGCGGUUCCAAGCUCAGUUAGUGGACUAGCAUCCUCUACUACAACUACUGGAACCAGCACUGGUCCACAGCCAGCUACAGUUACAACAGGUACCCAGUCAAAUGAAGCCGCCGGAACUCAGCCACCUACCAGCAGUUUUGGUGCCCAGCAUGAUGCUGGAAUAAGUAAUGAAGAAAUGCAGAGAAUCACACAACAGAUGUCAGCUGGGCUUCAGAAUGUUCUUGGACAGGGAUUAAGGCAAGGGGAUGGCACUCCUGAUAACCCGUAUGUUUUUGUGGAGAUGGGACCAGAUAGUAUGACAGUGAACAGUAUCUCUGCUGAAGUUGUGACCACAGACGAGAAUGGUGUUCAAACAACCCAUACAUCUGAGACUGAUAGCACAGCUGGGUCAGUUGGUACAACCAAUGUCCCUGCCCCUCCCCAGACAGGAAGUCCGGCUACAGCACCACCUGAUGGCCAGCAAGGGGCUGAUCAAGGACAGGGAGGAAUCUUGCCACCAAACUUUAUACAGAGUCUUGUGCAACAGAUUGUCAGUCAAACAGGUCAAGGCCAACCACAAAGAAUGCAAAUCAAUAUAGGUCAAGGUCCCGCUGGUAUGAUGGGAAUGUCUGCUCCAGGUAUGCCAAUGGGCAUCAGAUUAGGACCUCGUAUUGUGCGACCUCCAGGUAUGCAGAGGAACGAGUCUGGUACCCAGACUGCAGGAGCCAAUGGGAUACCAGCCAACAGUGGUACUCAAACCUUUGCCACACCAACUAGUGCAUCUGGUACCCAGACUUCUACUGGAGUAUCAACACCUAGCAGUACAUCGGGGACUCAGACACCAGGUGCCCCUCGUGCUGCAGCAUUUGUCGUGCCCGGAAUGCCAGGUCUAGCACAGAAUAUCAGCCCAGUGGACCAAUAUCUACCAUGUUCAUCCAGAUAUUUCCUAUCACAACAUGCUAGAGGUAUCAUCAAUCAAACUGGUGGACCUCAGAACACAGAAACAGCAUUGGCUGACAUGGUGAGCAAUUUGAUGUCCGGUCUCAUAGGGGGACCUCAACCAUCAGGUGCCCAAGCAUCAGGAACUGCCACACCCACAACUGCCACAGGAACUCCAGCAUCUUCUACAACAGGAAGUGACCCAAGACCUACUGGGAUUCGUAUCGGCGCUCCUGGUGCCACAUUCCAGCUUGGUGGAAUGCCAGGGUUCCCUGUUGGGUUGGGUGGUAUGUUUCGUGGUCAGAUGCCAUUCAUGCAAGGAAUGAGAUUCAGGGUUGGAACUCCAAGACAGAAUAUGCCAGGUGCAAGACCACAACAAGCCCAGCAAGCCUCAAACACAACAGGUACACCUGGACAGGGGUCAACACCAGCAACAAGUGGGACACAAGGGAGCACAGGGGGUUCUGAACCUCAGUUUGUACAGAUGUUGAGAACAAUGUUGUCUUCUGCUGGUCAGCAGCAAGGUCAACAACCUGGUAACCAGUCCAGUAAUGCCACUACUACUGGCUCUCAGCAACAGACUGGUACCCAAUCAGCAGGAGCUAUCAGUGAUGAAGCUUUCACACAGCUUGUCAGUGGUAUAACAGGUUACAUGUCACAAGCAGCCGUGGGCCAGGCACCAAGACAAACAAUAGCAGAAUUCUUGUCAGAUUUAGGACAAAACUAUGGAAUUCCACAAGGGGAAGGUUUCAUCAAUGACAUAAUGUCUUGUAUUUUGUCUCAUCUCCAAAUCACUGACUUGAUUUCUGUGUUCUAUGGGUCACCAGCACCACUUAACCAGGUUCAGCGACCCUUGAGAGAGUUUAUCUCAACAAGAGUUCUGAAUGACUUGACACCAUGCCCAGAAAAUAUACGCACAUCUGUAGAAGAACUGGUAGAAUCAAUGCAGACUGAAAUACAAGAAACUGUGAAUUCAACACAACCAAGACCACACAUUGACUUUCUAGCAACACUGAAUCAUUUCUUGAAUCAGCAAUUUUACAAUGUUGUCUCACUUAUAAUGAAUGCUAGAGAUGGGGAUGUACAUUUUGGCCAGGAUCUGUAUGCAUGUGUAAGGAGAUUGUUGUCUGAGUUGUUUAUACUGAGCAGCAGAUGUCUAGGGGGAAUGCAGAAUGUUGAACGUAUGGUCUCACAAAGAUUGCAAUCAUUAACUACAGGUGUAAACCCAUUUAUACAAGAUUGGAUGGCAGCCAUGACAAACCGUCAGAUCAGUCAGUUCAUUCCAACAAUUAUUGUAACUGAAGGUGAAAUCUCACAUUAUCUUGUAUAUAAAGAGGUUGGGCAACCGUCUGCUGGAGCCUCGUCAUCACAAGCCGCAAAGAAAACUAGCGAGGUGAAAAAAACUGCUUCAAAGUCAUCUACUCCAUCGUCUGGGUCAGGGUCGAAGAGAGAUUCAUCACCUAUAAGGGCACCUUCACCUAAAAGGGUUAGUGUUCCAUCACGCCAGGAGAAAAGGAAAAGAGAAGUGGAACCAAUGGAGACAAGUUCACCCGUGUCUUCGUCACCUGGAGCGUCAGCUAUUGAAGUUGACAACCAAAGGACACCUCCUGUGAGUGAAGUGAAAGGAGCAGCAUCAGCAAAUGGUAACAGUAAGCCUCCAGCUCCAGCUGAAAAUCAUCCAUCCCCAUCAGGGGCACAGACUGUUAAUGGAGACUGGCAAUCUGUUGUUCCACCUGAAUGGGUAGAAGUUAUAACACAAGAUAUAGAAAAACAGAGGAACCAACCUCAACAACGGCCACAUAGUGAUGUUUAUCUUCAAGGAGUGCCACCAAAAAGAAGACGGAUGAUGACACAGGAUAGACCUGGAGAUUUAUCAAACACAAGUGAAGUUCUACCCGAGUCUAUACGUCGAGCAGUGGCGGCUGCAGCGGUUGAACCAAUCAGCAGCCUGGAAAAUCUUUCGUCAGAAGUGACCAAUGACACUGAUUUACAACAAGCCUUUGAGACAAAUUUAAGCAAUACACUGUCACAAAGAGUUAACAAUGACAAAGACUUUAAACCUGAAAGGUUUCCAAAUACAGAAGAAUAUUUCCAUAAAGGUUCUGAUAAGAAGAAAUGAAGGAAAAACUAGGAAUGUUACAAAUUUUAAGAUAUUUCUGCAGUGGGUGAAUAUAGUUGAUAAUUGAUGAGAGUUUUAUUUGAAGAGAGAUCUUUUUUUCAUUCAAUUCAAUUUUGGAAAGUUUACUAUUAAAUUAUAAGUAUAUAAUUGUCAAUAUUUCAAGGUGACUGGAUGAGAAUUGGAUAAAAGUAAACUACAUUUGGAGAGAUUUGUUUUAACAUCUUAUAAAUCAUACAUACUCUCUGACAUUUGUAAGAAACAUGGAGUGUCUUGAGAAUAGAUAGAUCAGCUGUUUUGUAAGGCUUAUUUGAGACAAAGUGUUUUUCAUUUGCUCAGAAAUAAUUGGGCAUUUAUUCCUUAAGUUACUAAUGUUUUAUGAUAUUUCACUGUAUAAAUAUUGUAUUUUACGCUGUUUUAUAAAUAGAGGUCAUUUUAUUGUCAUAGACAAAGAAUUGUGUCAAUUAUAACCUACAUCUAGAUAGGUUACUUAUCAUAGGAUAUAAAUUAUUACUCUACCCCUCUAUCGAACAUUUCCUCUAUCAUAAAUCUCUUGUUAUAAUAAAUCCCUUCUAUGAUAAACUCCUCUAUGAUAAACUCCUCUAUGAUGAACCUAUCUAUUAUAAACCCCAUCCAUUUUCCUAUGAGUUUAUUUUAAGAAAUCUUUUAAAUAUUUUUAGAUCUCCUGCUAUUAAUGUAUAAUUCUAUUUAGACCAUUUACUCUCAAAAUAAGAGUUGUUGUUGAAUAAGUCAACUUAUGCGUAGGCUGGUUAAGUGUAUGGAACAUGUUCUGAAGGCUGUAAAUUAAUCAAUAACAUGCCCUUCUACUUGAUUUUUAAUUAACCAAUGAAUGAUAUUGGACAGAUCUUCCACAUUGCCAGCAAAUUCAAAAGAAAAAUAGAGGACUCGACAAAGAGUUUUUUCAGUCGACUUAAUUGUAAGAUCUGUACUGACUAUUUGAACAUAAUUAAAAGUAUGGGUACAGUUUGUAAUGUGAUGAUUUAGUGAUUGGCAAUGUUAAUUAUGAAGAUUUCCUCUAGGUUAUAUGAAGAUUUUCACUGGGUUUUAUGAAGAUUUUCACUAAAUUAUAUGAAGACUUUCAUUAAGUUAUAUUAAGAUUUUCAUAAAGUUAUAUGAAAAUUUUCACUGGGUUAUAUGAAGAUUUCCACUAGGUUAUAUGAAGAUUUCCACUAUGUCAUAUAAAGAUUUUCACUAGGUUAUAUGAAGACAUUCACUAAGAUAUAUGAAGAUUUCCACUAAGUUAUAUGAAGAUUUUCAUUGGGUAAUAUGAAUAUUAUCACUAGGUUACAUGACCCUUUAUAAAUUGAUGUCAGCUUGAAUAUUAUUAAUAUUCAUACCCAAAUUUUGUAGGCAACUUGACCUGAUAUUUUCCAAGUUUUUUUCUGUCAUGCCUCUGUAGCGCUGAUCAUAUGCAAGGACUGAAGUUUUAUUAUUGAACACACAUAAUGCAAAAUCGAAGUUUAUUUUCUUGAGGGGGACAUGUAUUAGAUUAAGAAAACAGUUGUAAAAUAAAAAUGGUUAUUGAUUUUAAUUCUUUGAUAUCUAGAAGGAAAAGAUGAUGUCAACAUCAGUAUUUUAGGCCAUAAAGAAAAAAUCUUCUGAUCCCUUAUUUUCAAUAGUUGUAAAACUAACCUUGAAUGACAUUGUGCGUAGUGAUCCACAAAAAUGUGGUGAUGAUUCACUAAGUUUUUCAAGGAACAUGACAAAAUGUUUGUAUUUCAUUUAUAGUACUACAUGUAUAGAACAAAUUGGGUUUUUAUUGAAAUGGAUAAAAAAUGUAACAUUUAGUGUUCACACUUAUUUUUGUUUAUUGAAUAUGGACUUAUUUAUUGUUUAAUUACAUUGUUAAAAUGUGGUUUAAAGAAGAGAUUUAUUCUCUGUGAAGAUAGCCACAAUAUUGACUUACUUACUGUAAGUCAUUAUUAUAGAGCAAGGCCAAUCUGCUUACCUCAGCAAUCUGGCUAGACUCUAUUGCUGACUUGCCUAUAUAUAAGGAAUUAAAAUGUCACAUCCCUAGUGUCAGUUUAACCCUGAACCUGCUUUAUAUGUUAAAUGGACUUGUCUAGUUUCCAUUUUUGGAACUGCCCAUUAUCAAAUUUGGGGAUAUUAAGAUGAAAAUGUUCAGUUAGUCAGCCAACAGUAUAGAGCCUGCUUACACUGACUGCUCAGACUGGCCUGGCUCUAUACUUGUGGGAAAGGAUAAUCACUUCUUGUUGAAAGUGUAAAAAUAUAUCAAUUUUCACUGCUUAAGUGACAGUUUUGUAUGUUUUAUGCAAAAUAUGAAUGUAUUAGUGAUUAAUAGUACUAGUAUCAUAAGUAUACACUUUUACUAAAGAUAAAAGGACUACAACUGCAUAUUUUGGCAGGUUUUAGCCGGGGAAAAUGAAUAUUUAGCUUUAAUCAUUUUAUUCAUUCACUUGACUAAAAAUGUCUUUACCAGAACAAUUAAUAUUUUGUUGUAGGAAAAUAAGGAUGCAUCUUAAGGUACCAAUGGACAUCAGGACAUGUCUGGUAUACAACUAUAGAAUGGAGCGGGUUAAACUGACAAUGAUAUUUUUCUUUUAUUUAAAAUGUUCAAUGAAAUAAAUAUAAAAAUGUUCAAAUUACUACAUGUAUUACCUCAAUAUCUGUGACUCAUUUUAUCACCAUAGCAACAUAUUACAUGUGUAUAUCCUUAAUUACAGGAGCUUGAUAUUCUGUCAAUAAAUAAGAAAUAAUGUCAAAUGUAUACAACCUGUACAAUAAAAUAAAUAAAUAAGCAUAAGGAAUACAAUAUAUUUGAUGUUAUAUUAUUAUUUAUUGACAGACUAUAACGUUCCUGUGGUUUAAUACUCUUUUAUAACAAUUGAAUUUUUAGUCUUAAAUAAUAACAUGCCAUUUUUGAGAAUAGUAAAACUGUGUGUAUAUAUUGUAUGUGUUGAACAUAUUUGUAAAACAAGCACACAAGAUUAUAGACAUAAAUAUUCUUUGUGGAAAAUACUGUAACUUUUAUUCAGUGAAACAAGAAACUCAUUCCUUACCAGACAUACAAACACAGCAACUUGUUCAUAUGUACUUGUUUAUUGUGACAGACAUAUAGCUAAAAUACUGUUUAUGUACCUCUUAACCUGACCUAUCAAUAAAGUUUUGUUAAAUAUUAACUUUAUCAGAUGAAAUCAGCUAGUUCAAAUGAAAUUUGAUUGUCUGAUUCAAAUUUUGUAAUAAAAAUACAUGGUCAUUC